GGUGAAGAGAAGUGGCCCGGGAACAGCGGCCGCCACUCUGGAGCGUGCGGCCCCGCCGAGUUCAGCAGGUGAGCCCCCGGCCCGGAUGGUGGGACCGGGCCCGGGCUCCCACCGCCACCUCCGCCUCGGCCAAAGCCGUCUGGCCCCCACCCCCGUUUAGGGACCCACAGGGGACAAGCCCCUUCUGCCUGCUGGGAAGGGGAGCCUCCCCCACUCCCGGCAGCUUCAGCCUCUCCGGAUCAGGAUCGCAAUUCACAGUUCACGAGGAUCUCAGCUACACCUGGACGUUCACUUCCCCUUUCCCAGGUGGGGAAAUCGAGGGACCUAUUUCCUUUGAACGGGAAGAGCGUGUAAAGGGGAAGACUUUUGGCCAGGAGUACAAGGUGUUCCGUAUCUGGGAGCUAUUAAAGCAGCUUAAACAGACUUCCAAGGUUGAACCCCUACUGAGUGGAUGACGGUGAUUUCAGGUGGUGGGAGUGGAGGAGUGAAUCGUCUUGAUUUAAACCUUGUGUGGAAGAGGUGUGAUCUGGGUUCAGAAGCCCCCUCUCAACACAGGUUGGUUCUGCCCAGCCAGCACUUAAGCUGGGCAUUUGAUAAAGCCUUUUACCUCCAGCCCUAUCUGCUCUUAGGAGUGAAGGAUUCAGGAAAAGGAUCCUGGGAUUAAGUAAUCUUUUUUGGUCAUAUGCUGAGGAGUUGUUAACACCCUGCACAUUCCACCUUGCCAUGAUGUUGUACCAGUGCAGCCCUGAUCUUCUAUGUAGUGGGUGAUGACAUCAAGCAUCAGAAGACUUUCACAGGAUGUUUGUAAUAGACAACUAUCCCUUCAGUGUCAAUUGCUCAUCCUAAAGCAGUCCAGAUAUUUGAACACAGUACGUGAAGGAAUGUACAAAGACAGGAAAAACAACAGUUGAAAGAAAUCAACAAACCUCCUUUAUGCUAAGCACUGUCAGGGAGAGGUCUUCUGAUUUGAAAUGUCACCAAUAACUCUUUUGCUUUUAUUUUAUUCUUUUCUCCAAAAAGAGGUCCUAAUAUAUGCAUGACUGUCAAUGGCAGGAUACCAGCUCUGGUCACCAUGGACCCCACUGGACGAGAGCUUCCAAUGGCUGCGGCACACAACACCUACAUCUUCUUCAAAGCACCCUUUUAGGGCUUCCCCCUGCUUCCCACAUACCCCUUCUGACCUUGAAGUGCAGCUGUGCUUUCAAGAGGUCACUCUAGUUCUAGACAGCCCAUUCCUGGAGCCUGGGGUGAGUCCCAAGUUACCCUGCCACACAUCAGAGCUCCAAACCAUGAACAACAAGAAAGGGCUGGUCAGGAAGCCCCAGCCUGUCCGCCUCAGUGGAGUGGAUUCCGUGUUUGGCAGGGUCAUCACAGCUCAGCCACCAAAAUGGACCGGAACCUUCAGAGUUUCAGACAAAUCAGCCUUUUGCAAAAUCAUCAGCCGGGAGCACCAGUGGCCCACUGGACUUAAGGAACCUCAGAUUCAGAUGACAGUGACCAUGUGCAAACAGAUGCUACGCUCUAUCCUCUUACUGUAUGCAACAUACAAGAAGUGCACUUUUGCCUUACAACACUCCAAGUAAAGGGUUCCCAUCUGAUUCCUGUUCCUUAUACCAUGCCCUUUUACUAUGUGUCUGAAGUUUACAGAAACCUGUCUGUGUAAAGGAAACUGACAUCACCCCAGCAAUCUUGCUUUUCUGUCACGCAGUGACAAUUCAGGAACCCCUUUAUUUCCUUUCCCCUCCAAAUAAGGCCAGUGACCGGAGCAAGGGAGAACAUUUCCACUGUAAAGCUGAACAACAUUUAAAAGAGAGUCAAACUAGCGUUAACAUGUACAUGUGAUAAAGAACCAUUAAACCAUAUAAACCAAAGAGCCUAGUGUGAACUCACUUCAACAUCUAAGACCACAUCAUGUUCCCCAAACAUGAGUUGGGGAAACAAAGGGUUGUCAAGGAAGGAGAUUACGGAUUUCCACGUACAUGAGGACGAAGGGAUCAAAAAUUUAUAGAUGGCUCAAGGAUUAAAAAAAAUAAUAAAAAAUAAUCCCCCCCCCCCCACCAAAUCAACAACAAAAAACCCUAACAACCACAUCCUAAUGCCACUGGAGAGUACUAAAGUGGGUAGAAAUAUUAACAAAUAUUAAAUAAAUAUUUAUAGCCUGGCAAGAAAGAACUUGGAGGCAGCAAUGAAACUGGGCUUUCUGGCGGAACACAAGAGAGCUCUCCAUUUUAGCUGGUGUACUACUAUUCUACUUCUAAUAAACAAGUAAUUUCGUAGCAUUCUUGUAACUAGAUUAUAGGUAUAACUCAGAAUAAUGUGGAAAUAAAAUAAAUAUAUAUACAAAGUCAA